ACGUUGGCAUCAUGUGGAAAUUUCCAAGUCCUUGAGAGCUCUGCUCCGACAACUUGCGGCUUCAGCCUGGCCCAGGCGGACCCCAUCCUCACAGUGACCGCCCAGGGAGGGCCUUGGUUUCGGGGUGGGGGUGAUGGCCAGGCCCCAGUGCUGCAGUUUUGCUCCUGGAUGGUGCCCUGGCCUGGCUGGGGCCCAGCCCCCGCGACUUGGCCUCGGAGGCGGUCAUCUCAGCCAAAUGUGGCGGGACAUCAAUUCAUCGAGGCGGAUGUGCUGAGGCCGCCCUGUGAGAGAGGAAACGCAAGCGCUCAGCACUUACUGUUUCAAGAAAGAAGUUCUGUCCAGCAGCGCGGAGUCGUCCCCAUGGGAUCGGGGAGCCGGCAGGGAGGUCACUCUCGUUCCCUCCGACAGAGGCGGCUUGGACGGUGGCCGCGGGCUUCAGUGGAACCUGAAGUCAGCAGAGUUGCUCUUGGGUGCCUUCCCACUUUACUGGCUCAUAUCCACUGUGCUCCCAGCUCCACCAGGAAGCUUCUACCCAAGGCCCUGCUCAUCCCCCUGCUCAGGGACACUUAGGAGCCUUUAAUCUGCGCCAGACGCUGUCAGACUGCGGUGGUGGUUUUGACCCUCGACAAGGAAGGCGGUUGUCUUCCUAUUCCCAUUCUACAGGUGAGGACACUGAGGCCUGGAGCAGGUCAGAACUGGUCCAGUCGCCCGACUGGGAGGCAGAAGAGCUAGGAUUCGAAACAAGCACUUUGGCUGUGGCGGUCCCCAAAAGGUGGGCUGGGGGUCGGUGAGGAACAGGUUGAAGUUACCAGGAGCUCAAAACAGAGGCACGAAGGACCCCACAUGCUUAGAACACAUCAGCUGGAAGGGACAGCUGUCUUUUGAGCUCAUAGCUGUGUGUGUGUGUGUGUGUGUUACAGAAUCCUUAUUUGAAUAAAAUGCUGUGAUAGGAAGACCUCCAUUUGGGGAACUUUUAAAAAAAUAUCCUGACUUGGCCCAAGAGUGAGCUGUCGAGUCUGCAUGGGCUUCCCCGGAUUAUUAUUUUGCAUUUUCCUGACUGGUGGGAUCAAGACAUAGUGGGGAGGUGAGGCUCGGGCUUUGGCGCUGGCUCUGGUCUUCUCAGGCACAGGACAGACCGUUUCCCACUCAGUUUCCUCAUUUGGAAAACGGGCAUCAAUGUGCCACAUCGUCAUCCCACACAGCCGGAUCCCUGCCACCGGGUGGGGUUUCCCCCUCCCCCUCACAGACCUCCGAGGCUGACCUACGUCCCAGGUGGUCCUGUUCCCCCACCUUCUGGAGGCCCUGGACGGGUGGGCCCUGGGACAGGCCAGGCGCCACUGCCACUUUGCACCCAAGAGGAGACACAUGACCCUGGCCAAGGCAAAGGAGAUCAGCAGUUCGGGAAUUUUUUUUAACUGGGAUCAGCCACACUUGGUGAGUGUAUUGUAGCAUUUCCCAUGAUCUUCCCCAUUUGUUUGCUUUGAACUAUGGAAAUGUCAACCAGGCCAGCUUUGGCAUGUGGCCAGCCAUGGGGGCUACAGGUGCCCCCCCCCCCAGUCGGUGGUGGUAUCCUACCAGUUAGCUGUUGUGGAGAUGUGGCUGGAGAAAACUUGGGAGCGCUUGGCACCGGAUCCCCACUGGUGGGGGGCAGGGGGACGCCCUGGUGAUUCCCUCCCACUGAGGGGAAGGGUCCCGAACUCAUGGGACACAGGCUCCUGGAGACCUUCCCCCAUCCUUAGGGGCCCAGAGCGCCCAGCAAGGCUGUUGGGCUGGCUUUUGCACUGUUAGAAACCUGACCUUUCCCAAACCUCUAUGGUGGGUUGACAGACUGCGGCAUCCUGUUUCCCAUUGAUCUAUAUACUCGAAAUCUUUCUUAACAAAAAGGUGGAAAAUAACAAAAAUCAUGCCAAUGCAGAGUUUGUGCAGAACCCAGAAAUGCCUACAAUAUGCAAAGAGUAGGAGACUGUAUUCACCGAAGAGAUGGUAAGAAAUGUUUCCACAUGGUUCUGAUGGAUACCUCUGGAUGGGGGAGUAUGAUUGUUCUCUCUCUACCUAUAUUUCUGGAUCUUCUCUAAUUAGGGGGAAGUGCUUUGUAAAAAAAAAUAUGAGUAAGCUGUGUCUUGGGGUUUCCUGCUCUGCGUCACCCUUCCCUCUCUUCCCUGGCAGGGAGCUAACUGCUCCUACAUGCUCCCUUUGCCUGGGAGGGUAAGGCUGUCCUGCUCUACAGAAAUGUCUGUGCGUCCAGAAGUCCAGCAGAAGGAAGGAAGGAGAGGAAAUGGAGCCCAGCUUCAGGAGCCUCGCGUUCCAGGAUGGUGCUGAGCGAGGAGAUGAGGGCUUUCUGCCCAUCGGCAAGCUGUUUGGGGGUCAGAGUGGGGGGGGGGCUGUGGGAUGUGGGACAGAUCUCCAGGGUGGCAAAGAUGGGAGGACACGUGGUCCCACCCUCAUACAGACCAGAACAUGAGAUUCAGAGAGGGAAAGUGACCUGUCCAGGUCACACAGCAUGGUCUCCCCCGGGCAAGUUGACCACUCCUGAGCCCUCCCCUCCAGGGCCCUUCCCCUACAGCAUUCCGCACUUUUCUAUCUGGUGGACCCAGAUAGCAGCAACUCCAACCCUUUCCCGACUUGAGCAUCAUCAGGUUUUGAAAUCAUCCCUAGGUUUUCCAAGGGAAACAUAUUUUGGGUUUUCUUUCUUUUCUUCUGCUCAUUUGAAGAAAUCUGAGAGUCCCUUCUAAUUGUUUGGUCAAGACUGCAGACAGUCAGUGAGGCAAGCCACAAAUAUGAUCUUGAGCCCAGGGAACCCACUGGCCUGGAGAAAGACAGGACAUCAGGCCUGUCACUGGUGCUUGGUCAGCACAUGAGCUCUGAGUUCUAGAGAGUACAGGGUGUCAGCCAACUUCCCCAGAUCCCUGACUUUGGGUUCCCAUUCAGAAAGACCGAAGGAGUCUCCAUCAAGCUUCCUGAAGCUGGGGCUUUUGAGGAUGUGCGUGCCAAUGGAAUCCAUGGGGAGUUGGUAGAUGUGGGCCCUGCCAAAAGUGGGGACCUACAGCCUAGACUGCAUUCCCUAGCCUCCUUUGCAGCUAGGUGUGGUUAUGACUUGUGGUGUGGUUCUGGCCAAUGAGAUAUGAACACAAAGUGAUAUGUACAACUUAAGUAAAGAAAGCAGCAUGGUCUUCUUUGACCCUCUCUUCUUUCUUACUAGAUAGAUGGUGGAUGUGAUGGCUGGAGUUCCAGCAGCCACUUUGGACCAUGAGGCAACUCUAGGAAUAGAAUCCAACAGAAGAAUUAGAUGCAAGAAAUCUAAAUUCUGACAUCCUGACAUCACACAAGUGACUAAACCUGUAUCCUGGUACAUGGGAUGCAAAGGGCUGUCUGCAGUCAGAGGGAAGAGCCCAGGAGCAGGAGGCAUUUGAACAUGGCCUUAAAGAUGGGAAGAGAAACAUCAGUGACCCCGAAUGGAGCAAUCUUCUCUAAAACAACUGGCCCAGAGUAUACACACACGUCAGGAUCAGGCCAGCUACAGACAGCAGGGACCAGAUCCAGAACCCACCUUCAUCGUGGCGCCUCUCAACAUGGACAAGACACUGCCAGGCUUGCUCAGGACGGAAUUCAUCAACCAAAGGGAUCAUCAAGGUAUAGGGAACCCGUGUGAAGUCAGAAGACCUGGAGAAAACAGGCAGGCCACAGCCCCCAUGGGGAGAGAGGCUGGCCAUGUGGGAACACAGCAGCGCUGCGGGGAGGGAGGGGACGGGCAAGGGUCCUGGGGCCACUAUACCAAAACAAGUAUUAAUACGACAGAGGUUUAUGCUACAGUCUGGAAGCCAGAGGUCCAAAAUCAAGGUGGGGGCAGGGCUGAGCUCCCUCUGAGGGCUCCAAGGGAGGAUCCUCCAUGCCUCUUUGAGCUCCUGGUGUUGCCGGCCAUCCUUGGCAGCGGCCACACCCUUCCAGUCUCGGCCCUGUGUCAGACAGCCGUCUCCCUGGGCUUCUGCUUCCUCUUCUUAUAAGGACACCAACUGUUGGACUAGAGCUCGUCCCACUCCAGCAUGACCCAUCUCAGCUGGUUCUAUCUGCAAAGACCCUCUUUCCAAAUAAGGUCACUUCCGGAGGUGUGUCAGGGGGACAUUUUGGGGGAGAUGCUAUUCAAUUCAGCACAGCCCCAAGAAUGAAGGGGGCCAAGAACCUGAGAGGGACGGGACCUGGUGUGCAGAGUGGGGGGCCCAGAAGCCUCUGCCCUGCCCAGCAUCCUGCAGGGGGGAGCCUAAGGGCACACAGGGCAGAGCGAAGUGUAGGGAGCAGGCAGGCAGCAGCACAGGGCGUGGGGCACCCAGGACGCGCUGCGGGGGAGCCGUCACCACGCUGGGCUGAUGUGCACGGAACCGCUGUGGAAGUCUGGCCUUGCCCUGUCCUUUACCAUCACACCAGAGACUUCUUUCUGCUAACGAGGACCAGGCAACAAGGUACUGUCACAAUCCCAUUUUAUAGGGAAGGUGACAUGCCCAAGGUCCCAUAGCAAGGCUGGGUUCUGGGAUUUAAACCUGUGUUUAGUAAACUCUCAAGUCCUUGCUUUUAUCUGUGCUUAAGGGAGAAAAAAAAAAAGCUCUCCACUCUGAAAACCUGCCGACGCACCAGGAGGAGCAGACGCAGCCAGGGAAUCCCACGACAGCAGCAGCUGCCAACGCUCGGCGUGUUUGGACCACACCUGCCCCUCCGCGUGCCCUAUCCCUCUCAGUGUUGGCACCUUCGUCCUUCUCUAGGUGAAACGUGCAUGCGGUGAAAGGUACACGGCCUUCAUUCAGGAAAACAUGCACCUUAGUACAGCUUCAUCAUGAGGUCUGGGAAUUCCUUCCGGGUUCUCUCUACUUUCUUACUUUUCUAACAAUGAGCAAUAACUGUUUUUAUAAAUAAGGGGGAGAAUAACAAGACAAUGACUGAAAUGUUAAAAAAGUCCCUUUGGGCUGGGGUCCCUGUCCCCUCCAUUCAGCUACAAGGCUCCAGGACCCCCCAGAUGGCCUCUGUGCUUUCCCCUACAGCCCCUCCCGGAGAACCAGGUAUCCUAGGACCCUGCCAGCUGCUCCCAGAAUUUGGGGGAAGGCUGGGCGGCAGCCCCUCAUGGCUGAGCCCCAAGCAAGCUGCCCUAAAUCCGAUCUGUGCUAGAGAACCCCCACACUGCCUGGCGCUGCAGAACCUCCAACUUCAAACGAAGGAUAUGGGGGCUCUCUGGGGCCCCUCCCCCCAGCCAGUGCGAGGCUGGCAAGGCUGGCCUGGGGAAAGGUUGCCAGGCAACCAGCUGGGGUUCCUCCCAGGGUGGCUGUGGGUGGCCAUGUUGCCUGGCAACCAGGUGCCAGUGUCCCUGGAGCCCAGAUCGCACAGCUGCGCCCAGCCCCGCCCGCUCCGCCCUGGCUUUCGGGACCCCUGGGGCCGUGGCCUCAUUCCCCUCGCCUAGGACAGCUGGAGCCUCCGGUCACAAUGAGCAUUGUUCUCUCCAGGGACAGCCAGGUGAGGGUGAUGGAGAACACUGUGACCAAUGCCGAGAAGUACUUUGGCCAGUUCUGCUCGUUGCUGGCCGCCUACACCCGCAAGACGGCUCGGCUGCGGGACAAGGCUGAUCAGCUCGUCAGACAGCUCACCGACUUUGCCAACACCGAGAACCCAGAGAUGCGGGCCACCAUGAGGAACUUCGCCGAGGACCUGGCAAAGGUGCAGGAUUACCGGCAGGCCGAGGUCGAGAGGCUGGAGACCAAGGUCAUCUGCCCCCUGAAGCUCUAUGGGGUGCACAUCAAGCAGACACGGGCCGAGAUCAAGAAAUUCAAACAAGUCCAGAAGAACGAGAUGAAACAACUAGAAAAGCUGGAGAAACUGAGGCAGAAGUCACCUUCGGAUCGACAAAUGAUCUCCCAGGCGGAGACCGGUGUGCAGAGGGCCUCAGUGGAUGCCAGCCGCAUCACCCACCAGCUGGAGGAGGUGAUCGACACCUUCCAGAAGCAGAAGCUGAAGGACCUGCAGAAAAUUUUUUCAGACUUUGUCACCAUCGAGAUGGUCUUCCACGCCAAAGCGGUGGAGGUGUAUUCCAGUGCCUUCCAGAUCCUGGAGAGCUACGACCUGGAGAGAGAUCUGGAGGAUUUUAGAACGAAGAUGCAUGGGGUUUACGGACGCUAUGAUGCUCGGCCAUUCAAGGAUACCACGCCCUCCCCAGCUGUCCCGUGGGCUCUCACUGGCCAGAGCACUCAGACCACCAUUCGGAGCCAGGGGAGAGACGAGGAGGAGGAGGAGGAGGAGAGCACGGAACACUCUGCUGAGGAGGACCCCGUGGAGGACCUCAGGGGACAGGGGCGGGCACCCCAGCAAUAGGACCACAGCUCCCCUGUCAGAAAGCACUCCUCCGGGUGCUCAGGGCUGGGGGGGGCUGGAGGCUCUGCUGGGUCCUUGCCCUGGGUGAGUCCCGUGUCCUCCGAGUCUCUGUUUCCUCAUCUGUGCAACAGGGACACUCUCGCUCACCUGACAAGUCACUCUGGGGAUCCACGGGCCUAGCCUCUGUGAUACACCACUGGUGCUCAAUAAAUGCAGGGUGCAUCUUAAC